UCACCCAACAUUGAAAUGGAUGAACACACUUUCAUGCUCAACAGAGAAACAGCUGUGGAGUACUUGAACUCUUUGGACAGGGUCUUUGUAAACGACCAAUUUCUGAACUGGGAUUCUGAAAAUAGAAUCAGAGUGCGGAUUGUCUCUGCAAAGGCCUAUCAUUCAUUGUUCAUGCACAACAUGUGUAUCCGACCUACUCCUGAAGAGCUCGAGAAUUUCGGUACUCCAGACUUCACUAUAUACAAUGCCGGUCAGUUCCCCUGUAACAAAUACACUCAGUACAUGACAUCCUCUACUAGCAUAAACAUCAACCUUGCUCGAAAGGAAAUGGUCAUCCUUGGCACCAUGUACGCCGGGGAAAUGAAGAAAGGCCUUUUUAGUUUAAUGCACUAUCUCAUGCCUAAACGACGCAUCCUCUCAUUACAUUCUGGCUGCAACAUGGGGAAAGAUGGAGAUGUUGCCAUUUUCUUUGGAUUGUCAGGCACUGGAAAGACAACUCUAUCUACGGAUCACAAUAGGUACUUAAUUGGAGAUGAUGAACACUGCUGGGGUGAGAAUGGUGUAUCAAACAUUGAAGGCGGUUGCUAUGCUAAGUGCAUUAAUCUAUCAAGGGAGAAUGAGCGGGAUAUCUGGAAUGCCAUCAAGUUUGGCUCUGUGCUGGAAAAUGUCAUAUUUGAUAAGCACACACGAGAGGUGGAUUAUAAUGAUGGUUCUAUUACAGAGAACACUCGAGUAGCCUAUCCCAUUGAGUACAUCCCCAACGCAAAGAUACCAUGUGUUGGUCCUCAUCCUACGAAUGUGAUCCUUUUGGCUUGUGACGCAUUUGGUGUACUCCCACCUGUGAGCAAGUUAAACCUGGCACAGACCAUGUACCAUUUCAUCAGUGGCUACACUGCCUUGGUUGCUGGAACUGAAGAGGGUGUCAAGGAGCCACGAGCGACAUUCUCGGCUUGCUUUGGUGCUGCAUUUUUGAUGUUGCAUCCUACCAAGUACGCAGCAAUGCUGGCUGAGAAGAUGCAGAAGCAUGGUGCAACUGCAUGGCUGGUUAACACUGGCUGGUCCGGUGGAAGGUACGGAUCCGGAAAGCGCAUCAAGCUAGUUCACACCCGGAAAAUUAUUGAUGCCAUACACUCCGGCAGCCUCUUGAAUGCUAAGUACAAGAAGACUGAAGUGUUUGGACUUGAGAUCCCCGAUGAGGUUGAGGGAGUUCCUAAAGAGAUACUAGAUCCUGUGAACACUUGGUCGGACAAGAAGGCAUACCAGGAAACACUGCUGAAGUUGGCUGGCCUGUUCAAGAUCAACUUCGAGACUUUCACAGACUAUAAGAUUGGCAAGGACAACAAGCUGACCGAAGACAUCCUCGCAGCUGGUCCGAAAUUUGAGUGAACUUGUGGUUGUUGCAGUGGAGAAUAAGAU